GUGGAAGGAUCGGAGCGAGAUGUGUUCGCCGUGGGUUCUGCUGGGGCUGGUGAUGGCAGCCGUGUCGGGGGCGCGUGGCACUGCCGAGGUGAUGAGCCACGUCACGGCACACUUCGGGAAGGCUUUGGAGGAGUGCAGGACCGAAUCGGGCCUGUCCCCCGAGAUCCUGGAGGAGUUCCAGCACUUCUGGAGCGAGGACUUCGAGGUGGUGCACCGCGAGCUGGGCUGCGCGCUCAUCUGCAUGAGCAACAAGUUCUCGCUUCUGCAGGACGACACGCGCAUCCACCACGUCAACAUGCACGACUACGUCAAAGGCUUCCCGAACGGCGAGGUUCUCUCCGAGAAGAUGGUGAAACUGAUCCACAACUGCGAGAAGCAGUUCGAUGACAUCACGGACGACUGCCAGCGGACCGUGAAGGUGGCAGCCUGCUUCAAGGUCGACGCGAAGAAGGAGGGCAUCGCGCCGGAGGUCGCCAUGAUCGAGGCCGUCAUGGAGAGAUAUUACUGCCCUUUAGGGCUGCUAAUUGUGGCUCCUGACAGGCGUCGCUACGCAAACUACAGCGUGCUCUCUAUGAUCGACUCAGGUGCUUGCAACUAUGCUGAGCAAACGACGAAGGCUGAACAAACACGUAUGUGGCUGUCGAAGACGCUAGUGGUGACUGCAGUGAUGUGCUCGAUGAGCGUUGUGGUACAUUCAUCACAAGCAGUGAUGAAAGACAUGACGAAGAACUUCAUAAAAGCCUAUGAAGUGUGUGCAAAGGAGUACAAUCUGCCUGAGGCCGCAGGAGCAGAGCUGAUGAACUUUUGGAAGGAAGGCUACGUGGUGACGAGUCGUGAGGCAGGGUGCGCCAUCCUCUGCCUGUCAUCCAAGCUAAACCUGCUGGAUCCUGAGGGAACUCUGCACCGUGGAAACACUGUUGAAUUCGCCAAGCAGCAUGGCUCUGACGACGCUAUGGCUCACCAACUGGUCGACAUUGUCCAUGCUUGCGAGAAGUCCGUCCCGCCCAAUGAAGAUAACUGCCUGAUGGCGUUGGGCAUCUCCAUGUGCUUCAAGACCGAGAUCCACAAACUGAACUGGGCGCCCAACCACGAGCUGAUGCUAGAGGAGAUGAUGGCCGAAAUGAAGCAAUGAUUUAUUUAGACGAUGACAUUUUUAGAUGAAAAUUAAACUGAACAUUUACGUUAUAUCGCUAUGGACUUAGGACUGAGAAUUUUGUAACUCUUUUUAGUUUGGGUUAGCUUUUUCCUUUUGACAUUACUACAUUGUUUUAAAUUGACUAAGUAGUUAGCUUCCAAAAAUAUUUUUCCUG